CGUCCGUCUGGCCGAUUCAGUGCAGUGCAGUGUGCCGUGGCUAGAGGUUGGUUCACUCUUAGUCGGACCAGACCGGUCCUUCGCGCUGGUCCCUAUGCGUCGCUACAUCAUCUACUUGUAGUUGUACAGUAUUGUUUGUGGUAGUUGUGUGCGUGUGAGACAUGUCUAGUGCGUGGCAGUGCUGUAGGUCGUCGUCGUCGGGAAAUGAGUGCGGCCGGCACGUGGCCUAGUGCUAGACGCGAGUUCAGGCCAUGGAAGGCCUCGCGGGACAGACGCAGCCCUACAGUCCGCACCUCAAGAAGGUGCUAAAGACCUAUCGGCUGAGUGCCGUCAAGAGUUUGCAGGGCCCCAACACUGCGUUGGCCGCCGUAGCCAACGACUCGAGUGCGGCCGCCGAACCAGUACAGCCGCCGCCUCCACCGCCAGCCACUUCGCCUCGCCUCCAGCUGCCCAUCCUCACCACCCCCGACCGGUCGAGGGGCGAGCGGGCAGAGACUGACCUGGAAGGCGAGCGCAUCUCGUGCUUCGAAGUGGGCGGUGAACGGCGACUCUGUUUGCCACAGAUCCUCAACAUAGUGCUCGGUGACUUUAGUUUGGCUCAAAUCAACCAGGUGUGCGACGAGCUGCAGAUCUACUGUUCGCGGUGCACGCCCGAGCAGCUCGAAGAACUAAAGGUGUCGGGCAUCCUGCCGCUGACGGCGCCCUCCUGCGGACUGAUCACGAAGACGGACGCCGAGCGACUGUGCUCGGCGUUGCUGCACCGGCCGAUCGCCGCGGCGCCGGUUGCGGUCAAGGCCGGUGUCACGUUCGAAGUCUACCACGAGUGCUUCGGCAAGUGUCGCGGAGUGUGCGUGCCAGAACUAUACACAGAUGCGGCGGCCGGCUGCAUCCAAUGCCAGGAGUGUGACGGCCUGUUCUCGCCGCAGCGCUUCGUGUGCCACGCACAUCGGCCGCACGAGAACCGCACCUGUCACUGGGGCUUCGACUCGUCCAACUGGCGUGCCUACCUGCUGCUCUGCCAGGACCAGGCCGAUCUCGAGCACCUUGCCACCCUCCUCGACCGCUUCAAGCUGCACAGCUUCACCUCCACUGGCAACAAACGGAAACAGGUGUCGGACAGUAGCAGUACGGAAAAGCAGACAUCACAGCCGGAAAAAGUAUUGGAGAAAGCAUCGGCGGUUGCGGUGGUGAGUGCGGCCGAAGAGGAGGAGCUGGCGGCCGUCAAGAAGAAGAAGCUGGAAGAUGGCGGCGGAGGCGGGUACUGUAAUGCGGCCUACCUGCAGCCCUACGACUCGUUCCACUACUUCAGCUGGGACCUGUGGGCGCGAAGCAUGUCCGCCUUCAAGCCCUGGCCGGCCGCGCUUACCAAGCAUGCUCUCAGGGAGAGUGUGCCGUCGUACCUGAGCCACGAUCCUCCAGUGUUGCUGCAUCCGGAACGGGUGGUACCCCUGUCGCAGUCGGAAUGCUUCGAGAGGACGUUCCAGCCGAACGUGGCGUUGGCUCCACUUGCUCACCGGUUUCCCCACGAAAAGGUCGAGGUGAAGACGGAGGCGGGAGUGGAGCGGGAGGGGAAGGGGAAGGAGAAGAGGCCGCCGGUUACGGGCGGCACUAAGCUGGCAGGGGCUGUCAAUGGCACUGCUGCGCAUGCGCUCUUCAACCCUGAAAUGGAACUGUCCACCGAUACCGAUGACAGUGCUUCUGAAGCGACGCCUGAUUCAGGAGUUGGGAGCGUGGUGGAGCAAGUGGCUGCGGUGCUUGACGCGUUGAGUGACGCCAAGGAGACGACAAGGCAGAGGGUGAUCGGCCUCGUCGAGCGGUUAGCGUUAAGGCUCGAUCGAAUAGAGGCCGACAACAGGCUCCUACAGCAAGAAAAUCAACAGCUCAAAAAAGAAAUAGAAAGUGUAAGUUUCCACAAAAACUAUCAGCCUAUCUCUUUCUUUUAUGAAAUGCAAUCAAUGGCUCUACCAUAGAAAAAUAUCAACUACAAAGUAUAUUUGUAUCUAAUAGAGAGUAUUAUCAUUAUCGUAGAGAGAAGGUAGCAUGAGAAGGUAUCCAUAGGGAAAUUUUGCUCUAAAUUUCACUGUUAAGGCAGUUCGGUACACUUUUUUCUUUCAUUUAAAUUGGAUA